GUCGAUUAUUGGCAUUCCCCCGGAUACUACUAUUGCCAUUGUGACUGGAACUUCUCCGGCCACAACUGUGAAUAUUAUGUGUCAACUACUCCAGAAGUGUCACCUACUCCAGCUGGCCAGUGUGCAUCCAACGAGUUCCAAUGUGCAAACGGAUACGAGUGCAUUUGGGGAAACUGGUAUUGCGACUUCAUCGUUGACUGCGGUGAUGGUUCAGACGAAUACAACUGCCAUGGUUCAACACCUGGAUACACAUCCACAUCAAGCUACCAAAAUGUUCCAGUCCGGCUGGUCGCGGGUGGCUGGUGUGAGGGCCGCGUGGAGGUGUUUUACGGAGGCUCGUGGGGCACUGUGUGCGACGACAACUGGGACAUGCCUGACGCGGAGGUCGUGUGUCGCCAGCUGGGCUGUGGCCAUGCUCUGUCCGCCCUGCAAGGAGCACACUAUGGGCAGGGCAGCGGUCCGAUCUGGCUGGAUGGAAUUAGUUGCUUUGGCUAUGAGUCUGAGCUCUCCCACUGUAGACACCAUGGAUGGGGUAGUCAUAACUGUGUACAUUCAGAAGACUCUUCUGUCGUCUGCUCGCACGCUGCCUCUGCAUCUACCACAGUUAACUAUUGGUCUACAACACCAUCAUACAAUCUGUCAAAGCAGUUCCACUGCGAUUCGCAUUCCAUGGAGCUGCUCAUCCCCCUGAGUGAGAUCUCAUCACGCGGGCUAUCUGUAUACGACAUCCACCUUCAGGACCCGUCGUGCCACGCCAGAGUGUACGGCCAAUAUGCCCGGCUCCAAGCACCGCUCAAUGGCUGCGGCUCAAGGACGGAGACGAAUGGCGACACUAUCAUUUACAUCAACACGGCAUACGGCUACGUGGCUCCAAAUGGCGCGAAGCGGCUGCGGGUCCCCAUGCUCUGCUACAUGGGAUCGAGUGGUCGUGUUCAGGCUAGCUUCACCCCCAGGGUACAGGACAUGGUGAGCAUGGGCUCCUACGAGCUACAGGUGCGCUUCUACACAAACCAAUUCUUCCACCAGCCCAUCUACUCCUACCCAUACGACGUGGAGCUGGGAAACCCGCUCUACGCUGAGGUGACGCUGACCUCUGUGGCCUGGGACCUGCAGCUCUUCCUGGAGACGUGCAAGGUAUCGCCCUACCCGGGGGCACCGGACAGCGCCUCCUUUUUCCUGCUUCAGAAUGGGUGCCAUGUGGACCCCACGUACACCACCUACUACAGUGGCUCCAACAGCAAGCAGCGCUUCAGCUUCGUCAGUGUCGAGUUCUUCGUCGACUCGCAGGUGUACCUGGAGUGCUCAGUGCGCGUGUGCAACAUCUCGGACUGGGGCUCGCGGUGCCGUCGAGGCUGCAUGCGGGGAGGGCGGGUGGCGCGAGACCUCGGGGUGGUGCACGGAGAUGCACGUCAUGCCGAGCACUCCGUCGACCUGUCCCAGGGCCCCAUCAGACUGCGCAAGAGUCGUGAAGCGUCUCUGGAGAAGCAGAGCAGCGAUGGGUUGCCCGGCUGGACAGGCAUGGUGUACGCCCUGGCUGCCACCAUGGCCGUCGGUGCCGUCUGUGUGGCCACAGUGAAAAUUUACCGCCACCGCGCUGCCAGGAUCCAAUACCAACCGCUCAGCACUUCAUAUUAAUUUGCAACUUACCAGGCUGAAUAUGUUAAUUUUUAACUAAUGCAAGCAACAUGUAAAAGUAAUUUUCAUAAAUGUUUUUUCAAGGAUUUCCAGUAAAUACACAAAAGCGUGCAGCAAGAUGCACACAGCAGGAAUUCAGAGUUGAAAAUUGUAGCCAGUAUUGACGAGGUUUUACACUUCAAAUACAUGAGCAUAACAAAGUGGCGUCUACAGAGCUAGAUAAGUGAGGGCAUGAAUAUACACUUGCCAAAUGUUGCUUUAGAAUUCAUUGGCACAAAUAUGGUGUUAUGUCAUCUCAAAUACCAAUACAUGUCACUCGAAUCCAGUUAUCAAAUAAAUCCAGUAAACUACUUGUUUGGAUCCCUAGGAUAACCUAUACAGUAAGCCACUACAUCUAACUAAAAUAUGUUUUGGUGCAAAAUAAUGUAAUUGGAAAAAAACUGAGGUGUAGAGAUAAAAUAUAACUAAAUGUUGCCAAAAUUAUGUUAUAAUUUGAGUAGCUGAUUUGUUUUAAUUACUCUACAAUAAACAUGUUGCCGACUCAUGUCUCCCAAGAUAAAAGUACAUGAUUUUUCUAAAUUCGUAAUAUAACGAGCUUAGGUGUGGUGCAUUAGAUGUGAAUUAGUAUGCUUUGAUGAUCAGAUAGACCUUGGGGAGUGAUAUCUAGAAGAGGUGUAUCGAUAGAGCAGUGAUAGUGAAAUACACUUGACUAAAAUAAUUUCAAAGAAUCAUGCAAAAAUGAUGGCUCUCUGGACAUGACCUUGAGGCAUUUUCAUACUUUUAUUAGUUUGUUUUAAGUACCAUGCAAACUUUGAAACUGAAUCAGGCAGAGUUACAUAAUUCAUUCCAGAAGACACGACAUUAAACAAUUUUUUAUUUUACCAGGUAAGGCACAAUGAGCUAUAUAGCGCUUUUUCAGAA